AUGGGCUCCCUUACACAACACAAGCUUCCUAUUAUAGAUUUCACUAAGGAAAACUUGAAGCCUGGUACAAGUUCAUGGGACAAGACAAGUAAACAAGUCCUUUCUGCCCUAGAAGAGUAUGGCUGUUUUGUAGCAGUAUAUGAUCAUGAAGUUUCAUUAGAGCUUCGUGAUAAAGUUUUCAACAAGGUGGAAGAGCUGUUUGAACUCCCCACAGCUACCAAAAUGCAAAACCAGGCAAGUAUACCUUUGUAUGGCUAUGUGGGUCAAACCCCCAGUCUCCCUCUCUGUGAAAGCAUGGGCAUUGAUGGUGCAAAUACACUUGAAGGAAUUCAAAAAUUCACUAAUAUCAUGUGGCCCAAUGGAAAUGAUGAUUUUAGGCUUCUUUUUCCAAGCAGAGAGGAGAGUGGGGGUGUAGAAUGGAUCCUCUAG